AUGAAUACGCCACCGCCCCCUUUGCCUGUCGGCUGGACAGAGCAUGUCGCUCCGACGGGACACCCGUACUGGUACAAUGCUCAGACUGGCCAGUCCACGUAUAUUCGCCCGCUACCCACGUUCACGAACCCGGCGCAGUCUCAGGUAGCGAAGGCGGCUGCGAAGGAGAAAGCUGUGGACAAGACGCCCAUAGGCGACACACCCUGGACGCGCGUCCGGACGAAUCUCGGCCAUACGUUCUACACGCACAAGACGGAGAAGCGCAGCGUGUGGACCGUGCCAGACGAGAUCAAAGACGCCGUCGCUGGGCUGGAGCAGCGGGAGCGGGAGCAGGCGACCGCGGAGCACUCGGGGGAAGCCGAGAAGGCUGUGGCGCGCCAACGGGAGGUCGAGCGGAUCAAGGGCGAGCUCAAGGGCACCGUCAAGCGCAAGGCGCCCGAGGCAGUCCCGGUCGACGAGCUCGUGGUGACGAAAAAGGCAAGAGUGGAAGCGGAGGAGGAGAGCGAGGAGGAGAGCGAGGAGGAAGAAUGGCAGCGCGAGGCAGCCGCCCAGCUCGCGGCCGAGGCAGAGGACGAGCGCAGGGCACGCGACGAGCAGGCCAAGCGCGCGAAGGAGGCAGAGCAGGCACAGGCUGCUGCAAUCGCAAACGACGCCAAGGGCUUGGUCAUGCCCGAGCACGUAGAGAUCUCCAUCGACGAGGGCAAGGCGUUGUUCAAGACCCUCCUCCGCGAGAAGGACAUCAACCCUCUGCAUCCUUGGGAUACCGCCCUUCCACUCUUCAUAUCCGAUCCUCGCUAUGUCCUCUUGCCGUCCGUGUCUGCAAGGCGUGAAGCCUUCGAUGAAUAUUGUCGCGAGCGCGCCAGAGAGCUGCGCCAGACCCAAGUCAAGAAGGAGAAGGAAGACCCUAAAGAAGAUUUUGAACGCUUGCUGCGUGAAGAGGUCACCUCCACUCGUACCAGCUGGACAGACUUUCGUCGCAAGUGGAAGAAGGACAGGCGCUUUUACGGCUGGGGGAGAGAUGAGCGAGAACGGGAAAGGCGCUUCAGGGAUUUCCUCAAGGAGCUUGGAGAGAAAAAGCGCAUGGCCGCUCAGAAAGCCGAGGUGGACUUUUUCACAUUACUGCGCGAGAGAGAUGCAGUCAAGAUCAGUACACAGUGGAAGGACGUCAAGCGCCAUGUAUCCAACGAUCCUCGUUACGACGCCGUGGGGUCGUCUUCUCUACGCGAGGAACUAUUUCAUACGUAUCUCAAAGCAAACGAGACGGCUGCUGUCCAGGAGACGUCCACACAGGUGGACAUCAAUGGUCCGGCGGCGCCGGCUGAGGACGCGAUGAGCAAGGAGCACACGCGCCAGGAGCGCCAGGAGCGUGCAGUGCGAGAGCGCGAGGAGAAGAUCCGUGCUGAGCGGAAUCGUGUCGAGGCCGACAUACACAAGUCCAAGAUGGGCUUGACUCGCGAGGAAGGGGAGCUCCAGUUCAGGACAUUACUAACGGACGCCAUCCGGGACCCACAGGCCUCUUGGGAGUCGUCAUUGGAUGAACUCGAGACAGAUCCGCGCUUCACGGGAUCUCCACUGCCUAUGAACCAACAACAGCAUCUCUUCCACGAACACGUCAACAGCCUACGUUCCAAGCAAACUCAGGCUUUGUAUGGGCUAUUCGAAGCUCACGCGCCCGGUCUCGCUACUCGCUUCUCCGAACUGCCUUUGCCCUCCCUCUUGGCUUCACCGCCCGCGGUUAAACUUGGUUCUGAUCCGCACCGCCUUCAAGAUCUGUUCGAGAGUUGGCAGCGUGAGCGUAACAGCGCCGCUCGUCAUGCCUUCGACGAGAUGCUGCGCGAGAAUGCUUUUGUAGACUUCUGGGGACGACUCAGAAAAGCUGGCGGCGAGGGCGCCGAUGAGGGGAUUCAAUGGGACGAGGACGGUAUGGGCGAGGAUGAAGGCGAAGGAGGUGGGGGGAAGGUGGAUAUGAAGAAAUUGGCCCACAAGGUCGACUUGACCGAUGUGGUCAAGGUACUCAAGAAUGACAAACGAUACCUCGUAUUUGACCACGUUCCGGAGCAACGCGAGCGCUGGCUGCGUGAUUAUCUAUCAGGGCUAUCAGCACCGAAGCUCUCUGUUCACGUCGGCGACUCAUGA